AAACCUUCUUUCCCCCAGGAUUUUUUGUUUCAGCAGACAAUGUUAAGGGUAAAGGAUCCGAAGAAGUCUCUGGAUUUUUAUACAAGAAUUCUCGGAAUGACACUGCUUCAAAAAUUUGACUUUCCUACUAUGAAGUUCUCGCUGUAUUUCCUGGCAUAUGAAGAUAAAAAUGAUAUUCCGAAAGAUAAAACUGAGAGAACAGCUUGGACCUUCUCUAGAAAAGCUACACUUGAACUGACACACAACUGGGGCACUGAAAAUGAUGAAAAUCAGUCUUACCACAAUGGCAAUUCAGAUCCCCGAGGAUUUGGACACAUUGGCAUCGCUGUCCCUGAUGUCAAUAAAGCUUGUAAGAGGUUUGAAGAACUGGGAGUGAAAUUUGUGAAGAAACCAGAUGACGGUAAAAUGAAAGGACUUGCGUUUAUUCAGGAUCCUGAUGGCUACUGGAUUGAAAUUUUGAAUCCUAACCACAUUGUGACUCUUACUUAGUUCUAGUGAAGUAUAUUAGAUGAGAGAUGCCCAGAUUCAGUUCCCUGGAGAAAAUCUGUAAUACUGUUUGUGAAAUUCUCGCUUAGUGGAGAGGAAUCAGUCAUGUUCAGAGUCUCCUCUAAAACUAUCCCCUGGUCCUGUGAUGCCACCGCAAUUUGUUUCCAAUUAGGAAUAUUCAAACUUGUUUUUUGGAAG